CUGUUGACACGAAGCUCGGCGUACGCUAGCCCAUUUCAGCCGAACUUUGGACCAGCAAAUCCGGAGCAAAAUUGCAGAACUCGAACUUCUUUUCGGCCAACAUGGCUACUCUGGCGCGGGGUAUGACGGGAUCGGGAGGUCAGAGGUCAGGUGCCCAGCUGGCGGGAGAUUUGCGCGGGUGUUUUUGUCAGUCCAGCAACAUUUACCUCCAAAUUUGUGCGAUUUGAGCGAACAAGCACAGCUUUUUUGGUGGAGACUGAGCGAUCAGAAAUGGAUAGUGAUGAUGAUUACCCGAUGGAUUACGGGCUGGAUGCCCUCACAUCACUCAUGGAUGAGGACGACUUUGGCAAUGUGUUCGACAGGGACGAGGAAAACGCUAAAGACGAGAAACCUCCAACCCCUCCACCUAAACUCUCCUUCGAGGAUGCCAUUGCGGGGCCUUCAGUACCACAACAUAGUGGGAAGAAAAUUAGAAACACCUCUAAAGAGAAUGGAAACAGGGCUAGUACUAACUAUAAAAGCACAGAUGGUGAGAGAGAAAGACAUGGGUCUAGAAACAGUGCAAAACAAAGUGAUACUGACAGGACUGCCCAGAGUAGACAAGAAGAUGAUGAAGAUGAUGAAGCUAACAGGAGCAAAGAAGAUUUGGAAGAGGAACUACGGCAGAUGCGGGAAAAGAUGAUGAUGUUGGAACAGCAGCUGAAGAAGCAGAACUCACAAGAAGAUACAAGUCCAGCUGCCAACAAGAAGUCCACACCAUCUGCCUCCUCCACUCCCUCACAAUCCCAUCAACAGAAACAGAAGAAGGAAACAGGAAACACAAACCGUUUAGACUUCCUUACAGGACCUGCUGAAUCUUCCACUCCUUCUCAACAGUCAGAAGUAGACACCAAGAGAAAUGGAGAUCGACUCAGUUUUCUUAGGGGAGGUCCUAGUGAACUUUCUAGCACUCCAAAGCAGAAAGUCAAAACUAGUCCAAAGAGAGAAAGUCCACCAGACUCAUUCUACAGUAAAGGUAGCAGCAAGAAAAGGAUUGCACAUCAACCAAAACAAGACAGGGAAGAUGGUGGAACUCAUGGUACUGGGACACCCAGACCACUAGGCCCAUCUGUGAAGCACAACAGGAAUCCCACCGCCGGUGUCAAACGUGAACUCAGCCCCUCCGCAGACACACUGGCUCCCAAGAGAACCAAGCUGCUAGAGUCAGACCCAGUCCUGGUGGACAAGUACUCACAGAUCAGGAUAGUGAAUCCUAAGAUCUCCUCUGAGACACUGCGGUCCAAGAUGGAGGGGAGGAAGAUGGUACGGAUGUCUGUCAUCAAGUCUCACAUGAGGAAUGGAGAGAUUGAAGGAGACUGGGUCACCAUGGGUGUCCUCGUCAAGAAGAUACCUCCCAAGACUGCUAGCAAUGGUAAAACCUUCAGUAUCUGGAAGUUGAGCGACCUGCGGGACUGUUCGGUGACGAUUUCCUUCUUCCUGUUCGGUGAGGUCCACAAGAACCAGUGGAAGAACGACGAGGGCACGGUUAUAGGCUUGUGUAAUCCCAGCAUCAUGAAGGCAAGGGACAAGGGAGACACAGAUGUUGCUCUGACAGUUGAUAACCCCCUGAAGGUGAUGGUCAUGGGCAGGUCCAAAGAUCUGGGCUACUGCAAGGCCACCAAGAAGGGGGGAGGGCAGUGUGAGAACUUCGUUAACAAGGACCAAUGUGAGUACUGUGAGUACCAUGUCCACUCUCAGUACAAGAAGUCCAAGGCAAAGAGGGGAGAGUUUAACUCAGUCAUCGGGCCUCCAGAUCCCAAGAAGAAAAUACUUCAGAAGAUGAUGGGUAAGAACGAGAGCUUCAUGUAUGGAGGACACACCUACACUACCACCAGCCCUGCUGCUGUAGCCAAUAAGAAGAAGACUCAGGUGAACCUGGACUUCCUCCGUGUGACCGGGGCACGGUCCAUGGAUGCUGCUGUGAAGGCUAACAUUGUGGGCAAGAUGGAGAAGAAGAAGGAUGAGGAGACACUGAAGAAACUGGCAGCCCCUUCACAAGCCAUGCAAGAGCUGCUAUGUGCUCCAACUGUGGGGUCAAUGAACCUAAUCAAACAUCUCGGCACAGAGGAGAAAAGAGCCCAGCCUAAGAUGAAGCUAGUGUCAGCAUCAGAGUUACUGAAGAAUCACAAACAGGAAAUGUUGGACAUGAAGAAGAAACAACAGGCUAACAGACAGUCUUCAGAGGCACAGGGUGGUGCUGCUGGAACCAGUCCAGAGGUGUUUUAUCCCAAACUGGGGAAAGGGCUCAGUAACUCACAGGACAUAGUGGUGUUUGACAGUCCAUCACACAAAGUGUCCUCCUCACAAAAAGCAAUGCAACGUGCAAUAGCCAGGAUCAAAGCCAAGGGCCCCUUGACCCCAGAUAACCCCAAUGCUGUGAAAAAGAAGGUGUCACCGAAGGCUCAAGAAGCUAUCAAGUCUAAAGUAGAGGAGACCAGCUCAGGCCAAGAAGACACCCUUGCACCUACUGAAGAAGAUAAGAAGAAAGCCAAGCUGUUUGGGGAUAAAAUGGACAAGAACUCGGAGGAAUACAAAAAGCUAGUCCAAGCAAAGUCCUCUCAUUCUGGAUCACUGUCUGAGGCCCAGUUGGAAAUGCAGGAGAAGUAUUUUGCAGAGCUGGAGAAAAAGGAGCGGAUGGAGGACAAGAUGGCCACCAUUAACUAUGUGAAGUGCAAAAUUGUCACCUGCAAGAAGUGCAAGUACACCACCUUCUGUCCAUCGGAGUCCUGUAAGAAGGAGAACCACCCCUUAGUGUGGCAUGAUGGAGUCAAGCGUUUCUUCAAGUGCAUGAACUGCAGCAAGCGUUGCGUCUCUCUGCAAAGAUACCCUCAAGUGGCCUGCAGAAGCUGUGGAAGUUCCAAGUUUGAGAGAACCACAAUGUCGGCAGAGAAGAAAGGCCCCACCCUGGACUCUGAGAUACUGAAUGUACGUGGAGAGGAUGAAAUGUUCCUCAACAAGCUGUAGUUAUGCUGGAAUGGCUGAAGAAGAUUUAAAGCAUUGGAUGUAUGAGAUGCAAUUAUAGCAACCCAGCAGACCUUUAUGUCUGUAGAGUUAACGUUACAUGAUAAGGAUACCAGUAGGAGUACAAAGAUUCUAAAUUUGUCAAACUUUGCCAGAUGCUAAGAAUGACGAGAAAGAAUGGAGUAGGAAAUUUGUUGUACUAUGUAUACUCCAAUGCUGUACAUUGGAGACACAAGAGAGACAAAGAAAUUGCAUUAUUUUAUAUAGUUCUUAGCAAUUUUAUUAUAGUAAGUCCAGGAUGGUAUGGUAUUUAAGAAACGUCCAUCUAGAAAAUUCUCCUUGAAAAUUGUUUUUGUCCUCUCAUGUUAUAAGUAAGAAAGUAGAAAAUGCACUCAAUUCACAUUUUCCAAUGGCAUUAUUGUAUUUCUUGGUUUUACCAGAUAAUGAAACUCUUUAUGAAUAUCUAGCUGAUUCCUUUUUAAAUUUCUUUGAUGUUUGAACUCAAGAUUGUUAUGUAGCCUCAAGCUCAUGUAGGUGGGUUAACAUUAUUACAGGAAUAUAAACCAUUUUGCCUCCAGAUGUCCAGUCAGAAAAAUGAGACAUGGUGAUAUUCAGAGGUGUAUGUUGUUCAUAUAAGAUAUAUCCUUCAUUUGUAUGCUGCAUAUGUGGAAGAAUAAAACAGCUUAUUAAAAUCUU